GUGGCGGCGACGGCUCCGGCAGCGGCUCCCGCGGUGGCGGCGGCCGGGGGCUGGAGGAAGGAGACCCUGGCUUCGCAGGGGGCCCGGCUGGGGCAGUCGCGAGGGACCUGGGGGGGCGCUGGCUUUGGCCCCGCCUGGGGCAGGAUGGUGAAUCUGGAGUCCAUGCACACAGAUAUCAAGAUGAGCGGGGAUGUAGCUGAUUCCACGGAUGCUCGCAACACUCUCAGCCAGGUGGAGCCAGGAAAUGAUCGAAAUGGCCUAGAUUUCAACAGGCAGAUUAAAACCGAAGAUCUCAGUGACUCCCUGCAGCAGACCCUCUCCCAUCGGCCAUGCCACCUGAGUCAAGGACCUGCCAUGAUGUCCGGAAACCAAAUGUCUGGGGUAAAUGCCAGCCCAUGUCAGGACAUGGCUUCCCUCCAUCCGCUCCAGCAGCUUGUGCUGGUUCCCGGCCACUUACAGUCUGUAUCCCAGUUCCUGCUAUCUCAGACCCAGCCUGGGCAACAAGGUCUGCAGCCAAAUCUCCUCCCCUUUCCACAGCAACAAAGCAGUCUCCUCCUCCCACAGACUGGGCCGGGACUGGCAUCCCAGGUAAACAACUCCAUUCUUCCUGUUUCCUCUAGGAAUGUGUCAGCUCUCACUGAGUUUAACUCACUAGUUUCCCCCACCUUCAAGCAGAGGCGCAUUAAGCUGGGCUUCACACAGGGAGAUGUGGGGCUGGCGAUGGGAAAGCUGUAUGGCAACGACUUCAGCCAGACCACCAUCUCACGAUUUGAGGCCCUCAACCUGAGCUUCAAGAACAUGUGCAAGCUCAAGCCCCUGCUGGAGAAGUGGCUGAAUGAUGCAGAGUCCUCUCCAUCAGACCCCUCAGUGAGCACGCCCAGCUCCUACCCCAGCCUCAGUGAAGUAUUUGGAAGGAAGAGAAAGAAACGGACCAGCAUCGAGACCAACAUCCGCCUGACUCUGGAGAAGAGGUUUCAAGAUAACCCAAAACCCAGCUCGGAGGAGAUCUCCAUGAUUGCAGAGCAGUUGUCCAUGGAGAAGGAGGUGGUGAGAGUCUGGUUCUGCAACCGACGCCAAAAGGAGAAGCGAAUCAACUGCCCUGUGGCCACACCCAUCAAACCACCUGUCUACAAUUCCCGGCUGGUAUCUCCCUCAGGGUCUCUGGGUCCCCUCUCUGUCCCUCCCGUCCACAGUACCAUGCCUGGAACAGUAACGUCAUCCUGUUCCCCUGGGAACAACAGCAGGCCUUCAUCUCCUGGCUCAGGACUCCACGCCAGCAGCCCCACUGCAUCUCAAAAUAACUCCAAAGCAUCAGUGAACUCCGCCUCCAGUUUUAACUCUUCAGGAUCUUGGUACCGAUGGAAUCAUCCCACCUACCUCCACUGAGACCAAAAAGUUUCUCCGACUCCACCGGGCCCUGUAUUCCGCCUGGAAGGAAGGGAAUCAUGCCUUCUAUAUACAGACAGAUUGCUUUCCGAAGAGUGCAAGAAAAUCCCCACUAUCAAUGAAUCCAGACUCUUGCCUUCUUCAGGAGCAAGGGCCUCCGGAGAUCCAAACUGUGAUUGAACCAAGUGCAGACUCCCAAUGCUCUUGAAAUAUAUAGCCCCUCCUAGGAGCUUACCGUUUUCACCUUCCUUGCCUAUGCCCUUGCCUUCUAGUUCCAAGUAUUUUAGUCAGCUUCACUGUGGCAAUGGUCUUUCAGAGAAAAGACUCCUUGCUGUUAAUCUCCAACUCAUCUGUGGGCUUCUGGGGACAACCAUUUGGCUGGAGUGCCAAACACCGGAAGCGGAGAUAAUAGUUUUGACUCUGAACUUGGCCACAAUCCCUGAACUGAUCCCAAAAUCUGUGAAAAGAUUUGAAUCUGAUAUCUCCACCAAA